AUGGCUUUUCUCCAGAUUGAAAUAGAUGAAAGUGAACGAAACUACACCAGAUUCUUCUGGGAAGAAGAUCCAGGAACUGAUGAUGGAAACAAGAAAUUUGAAAUUUUUCGGAUGACAAGGGUGUUAUUUAGGGUGAGAUCUAGCCCGUUCCUCCUUGCAGACACAAUCAAACAUCACUUGGAAAGGUAUGUAGAUAUAUUUUCUCUGACUUUUAAGCAUUUUAAUGAAUCAUUGUACGUCGAAGAUUUUAUUUGUCGGCAAAUCACUGUUCAACGGGCUCUAAAGAUUUGUAAAGAGAGUGUAGACAUUCUAAAAGAGGCAAGCAUGGACCUUCGAAAGUGGAGAACCAAUUCGCCUGAGCUAAGUAAAGAAUUAAAGAAUUUAAUCUUCAACGUAGAUCAGGGUGAAGAGUCUUUAGAUACAAAAUUGAUAGCUUCAAAAGUAUUGGGAAUUGGUUGGGAUGAACAAACUGACACGUUUUAUUUCGAUACCAGAAAUCUGGAAACAUUUCUUUCAAAACGAACUAAGAGAAAAAAACACUUACUACAAGCAGUAGGUCGACUUUUCGAUCCAGUAGGUUUUAUAGGACCGUAUACUAUUAGAGUUAAGCACUUGAUACAGGAAAUUUGGUGUUUAGGAUUAGACUGGGAUGAAAAAUUGCCCAAACAGUUAGAAAUUGCUUGGAAUAAAUGGUGCGAUAAGAUCCAAGAUGUAAAGGAAAUAAUUAUUCCCCGAUAUUAUUUUCAAAAUUCUUUGCCCAGUCAUGCAAUCACUAUUCAAUUACACUGUUUUUCAGAUGCAUCUAAGAAAGCUUAUGGUACUGUUGCGUACUUACGCAUAGAAUUAAAGAGUGGAAAUAUCAUUUCUAUUAUUGUAGCAUCAAAGAUCAGGGUAGCUCCGUUAAAAACCCUUUCGAUUCCUAGAUUGGAACUCAUGGGUGCACUUUUGUUUUCAAGAUUAAGCAAUAAAAUUGUAACUGCACUAAGUUUUCCAGUUACUCGAUAUUUUUGGACGGAUUCCUCAAUAGCUUAUUACUGGAUCAAAGGUGAUCCAAAUAGACAUAAGGUGUUCAUGAAGAAUAGAAUAAAAGAAAUAUAA